UCCUGGGCUGACAGGGAGGAGGCCACACCCAGUGGAGUCAAGACUCGGGCCUCCUCUACAAAUGCUGCCACUGCUGCUGCUCCUGCUGUUUGGUGCAGGGCCAAGGCUUGCUGAGACCUACAGCAGAAAGGGCCCAGACACGUGGCCUUGGCAGGCAAGCAUCUUCCUGGAUACCCGGUACCGCUGCGAGGGGGCCCUCAUCUCCCGAGAGUGGGUCCUCACAGGAGCCAACUGCUUUGGCAGCUGGCCUCAGUCCCACUACAGUGUGACCCUGGGCCCAGAUCGACUGGCACUGGACACUUGCAAGAGCAAGUCCAGAGUGGAGGAGCUGCUGCUGUCCCCAGGAGGGCCCAAGGGCUCUGGGUCCGGUGGCCUGGCCCUGGCCCGGCUGGCAAGGCCACCAUCUCUCAGCAGUGCCGUGCAGCCUGUGCCUUUGGCCACCUGGCCUCAACCUUUACUCAAGUGGCAGCUCUGCUGGGCCCAAGGGUUCGAGCCUGAUUUCGAUCCCUACGUGCCACCCCAAGAACUGCACAGUGUCCCCUUGAGACCGCUCCACAUCAGAACCUGCAAAGAUGCCUUUCGCCUCCGACCUGACUGCCCUGACCUGAACGUCGGCCUGUCCAAAGGCUCCCAGUGCUCCAGGCCCCUCCCCGGGGCCCUCAAACUGGUGGUGUCUGAUGGGACUCCCCUAAUCUGCUCCCAAAAUCGCAGCUGGUUGCUGCAGGGCGUAAUGACCUGGAGUCCCUGCAUGGGGCCUGGACUCCCAGAAGUCUACAGUCCUGUGUAUCCUUUCGUUUCCUGGAUCCAGGAUAAGGUCCCCAACGCCACCUCACCGGCUUCUACAGCUCAGCCAAGAGGCACCCUUGGGCCUGGCUCAGGCCCAGGAAGAGGCGGUUAGGGUCUUUAGCCUGUGGAGUCCUGGGUUUGAAUCCUAAACUUACCUGCUGACUGUGUCCCAGUCGCCUCCCCUCCUGAAUCUGCUUCCUUCUUUGUGUGAUGGAGAUGGAUUCAGGUAUUCACCUAGCUAACAAGCUGUUACAAGAUGUGCCAGGGAGCCACAGAUCAGGGU